GUGGGGACGGGAGGAAUGACGGGAGUUUACGGGGCCGUGGGGUCAUGGGGUCGUGGGGCCACGGGUGAGCGUCCAUGUGGGGAUUGAGUGACACAGGCGGUGGGCGUGAGUGUUGGGGGCGAGGUUCAGGGCCAGCGAGUCACUAAUUGAUUGAGUCACUCAGCGCUUGUAUCCUCACCCGGUGGUAACUGCCAGGCACUCUUGCAAAUGUUUCACAUUAGCAGGAGCCCUGUGAGGUGUUACGAUGAUUAUUUUCAUGUUACAGAGAGAAAACGGCACAGUGUGGCUUGGCAACCUGUCCAAAGUCACGUAGGUAGCAAACCCGAGGAAUCCUUUUUCUUUUUAUUUUCCUGUACUUUGUUUAUCAUGUUUAUUGUUUCCAGUGUGUCUCUUCCUCUAGACUAGAAGUCUGGAGCUGGGAAUUUGAGAUUUUGUUCACUGAUGGAUUUGCAACACGGAGAACCGGCUCAUGGAAGGCACUCAUUUCUUCAGUGAAUAAAAGUGGCACAGCAGUCAAUCAGUUGGUUCCAAAGCCCGGACUCAGGAAGGCAGGGUUUCGCUCACUGAGGAUAAUUGAGCUGUGCAUGAAUGUUAACUCUUAAAGCUAGAAUGAGGGGUUGUCCCUCUUCUGUUGGGUAAAAACCUUUGGGUUUCACUCAACUUUACUGCAUGGAAGGGAGCAUAGGUGUUGCUAAUUGAAUCUCCCGUGGUCAUUGUGUUUCCAGGGUCAGAGUGCAGACCUGAGACCACUGCUCACCGACUCCAGACUCCAGUUUAUCUGUGCCCCAGCUUCCUCACUUAGUCGCAGAAGACUUAGGCUGAGGCCCCAGGAGGAGAUCUCCAUCCUUUGCAGGAGCACAACAAAUGGCCAUGUCCCAGAGCUGGAGUCUUACGGUGUUGGCCAGGCUGUUCUCCAAUGCCUGAAUUCAAGCAAUUCUCCUACCCUCGCCUUCCAGUAUGGUGAGAUUACAGGAAUCAUUGACCUUCAAGGACGUGUUUGUGGACUUCACCCUGGAGGAGUGGCAGCAACUGGACUCUGCCCAGAAGAACCUCUACAGGGAUGUCAUGCUGGAGAACUACAGUCACCUGGUGUCCGUGGGGUAUCUAGUUGCGAAGCCAGAUGUGAUCUUCAGGUUGGGACCAGGUGAAGAGUCCUGGAUGGCAGAUGGAGGGACCCCGGUACGGACCUGUGCAGGUGAGGACAGGCCAGAAGUCUGGCAAGUUGACGAGCAGGUAGAUCACUACAAGGAAAGCCAAGACAAACUUCUGUGGCAAGCUGCAUUCAUAGGCAAGGAAACACUGAAGGAUGAAAGUGGUCAAGAAUGUAAAAUAUGUAGAAAAAUCAUUUAUCUCAACACAGACUUUGUUUCCGUAAAACAAAGACUCCCUAAAUAUUAUUCAUGGGGAAGGUGUUCAAAACAUAAUUUAAACUUUCUUAGUCAAAAUAGAAGCUAUGUACGAAAGAAAGAUGAUGGAUGUAAGGCAUAUUGGAAAGUAUGCCUCCAUUAUAAUCUUCAUAAAGCUCAACCUGCAGAGAAAUUUUUUGACCCUAAUCAACGAGGGAAAGCCCUCCACCAAAAGCGAGCCCUUAGAAAAAGUCAGAGAAGUCAAACUGGGGAGAAACUCUACAAAUGUACUGAAUGUGGAAAAGUGUUUAUCCAGAAAGCAAACUUAGUUGUACAUCAAAGAACUCACACUGGAGAGAAACCUUAUGAAUGCUGUGAAUGUGCAAAAGCCUUCAGCCAGAAGUCAACCCUCAUAGCACACCAGAGAACUCACACAGGGGAGAAGCCCUAUGAAUGCAGUGAAUGUGGAAAAACCUUUAUCCAGAAGUCAACUCUGAUUAAACAUCAACGAACUCAUACAGGAGAGAAACCAUUUGUAUGUGACAAAUGUCCAAAAGCCUUUAAGAGUUCAUAUCAUCUUAUUAGACAUGAAAAAACACAUAUUAGACAAGCAUUUUAUAAAGGUAUUAAAUGUACUAAGUCCAGCCUUAUAUAUCAAAGGAUUCACACAAGUGAGAAACCUGAGUGCAGUGAACAUGGGAAAGCCUCUGAUGACAGGCCCAGUCCCACUAAACAUUGGAGAACUCAUACAAAAGAGAACAUUUAUGAGUGUAGUAAAUGUGGGAAAAGCUUCAGAGGAAAGUCACACCUCUCUGUUCAUCAGAGAAUUCAUACAGGAGAGAAACCCUAUGAAUGUAGUAUAUGUGGGAAGACUUUCAGUGGAAAGUCACACCUCUCUGUUCAUCAUAGAACUCAUACAGGAGAGAAACCUUAUGAAUGCAGAAGAUGUGGGAAAGCCUUUGGGGAGAAGUCAACCCUUAUUGUACAUCAGAGAAUGCAUACAGGAGAGAAACCCUAUAAAUGCAACGAAUGUGGGAAAGCCUUUAGUGAGAAGUCACCACUGAUUAAACAUCAGAGAAUUCAUACAGGAGAGAGACCCUAUGAAUGCACUGACUGUAAAAAAGCCUUCAGUAGGAAGUCAACUCUCAUCAAACAUCAGAGAAUUCAUACAGGAGAAAAACCUUACAAAUGUAAUGAAUGUGGGAAGGCCUUCAGUGUGAAAUCAACUCUCAUUGUGCAUCACAGAACUCAUACAGGAGAGAAACCUUAUGAAUGCAGAGACUGUGGGAAAGCAUUCAGUGGGAAGUCAACUCUCAUUAAACAUCAGAGAAGUCACACAGGAGAUAAAAACCUAUGAUUAUACUUGAGAGUGGGAUAAUUAUACUAGCAGUUAUUUGUCAUUUGACUAUUACUAGUCUCAUUAUUUGUCAAAUAAUUAAUCAUGGGGAGUAAUCUUAUAAAUGUCCAGAAUAUUGGAAAUUCUUGAUAUGUUAAUGUUCACUUAAUAAAAAGUACAAAAGUAUAA